CACCCUUCCAUGUCGCGUCUCUCGCCUUUGCUGCUGCGCCGCAGCGCGGGGCCCCCCCUGGGGGCCCCCGCACCCGCCUGCCUCCGCAGCAGCAGCAGCAGCAGCAGCAGCAGCAGCAGCAGCGUCUCGGGGGCAACCACAUCUACCUCGGGAGGUACCACGACUUCAACCAGUGGGAGUUUCUGCCGCACCCUUUGCUGCAGCAGCGGGGGAGUUUGCUGCCAGUGGGCAGCAGCUACGUGCCUUACUUGAGCCGCGCGCAGCUGCUGCAGCAGCAGCAGCAGCAGCAGCAGCAGCAGCAGCGGCUGCGGGGCAGCGGGCUGCACGGGCCCGAGUGCGGCGAGCUGCUGCGGCUGGCGCUGUGGAACCGGCUGAAGCAGCGGCGGAAGCAGCGGGAAGUGCCGCUGCAGCAGCAGCAGCAAGACUUCAACAAGUUGGAAGUUGCAUGCGUUUGGUUCACCUGGAGUUUGCUGCUGUUCUUCCUGCCGCUUGCUGCAGCAGCAAAACGCUUCGUGGUGCAGCACGAGCACUUCCCCUGGACCCCGGAGCGCACCGACGGCAGCAGGGGCGAGGGCCCCUUCUGGUGGUUCCUCGAGUAG